AUGCCGUGGACAGUCACCAAUUCUUUUAAGCGAGGCCUGAUGAAAACAUACGGAAGACCGACAUGGCGCGUGUAUGACGAUGAACGGGCCGCGAAAAAACGACGCGUCCAGGAUGAGUCGGACGAGGCGGAAACCAACCUGCAAUAUGCGAUUCGCGAGUCCUCCGCCGCCGUCUUGUCUAGUCCUUCGCGCCGCAACUCGGUGGUCUUGUCCGAAGGGACCCUCGACGAUAUCGACGAUCUCACCACUCCUCCGUCCUCGCCACCUCCGCGUUUGAGCCCUCCCCCCGCCAACACUCGCAAGCCGACCUUUGCUUUUCUCAAGCGCAAACAUAAGGAGGCUACCGCGGGGUCUCCUCUGACGGAAGUCAACUCCAACAGUGUGCGGUCGUCGGUAGACCCGCCAAAGCAGCAGCAACAGCAGAUCCAUUCUCAUCCACCACCACCACCGCAACCGCAAAAAGUAACGCCAAAGCAGCCCGCGCUGCGCCAGAUGCAAAUCGACCUAGGUACUGAGGUGCGCAAGACCUGUGCGACAUGCGGGAUGGAGUACAUUCCCUCCAACACGGAGGACGCGGCUCUGCAUAAAAAAUUCCACGAAAUGAACUCGACUGGCGUCGACCUAGGCAAGGCUUUCAUGCGCGCCAAUGCUUCACGCUGGGUCUACGAGGCCACGCGCUUUGAAGAGGGUUACGUGGUGAUCGUUGAUCGUAAGGCCACGCCAAGCGCCAAGAACCAAGCGAAAAAAGUGCUCGAGGUGGUCAAUAAGGAGCUUUCGUCGCCGGAAAUCGAGGACGAGGUACUCUGGAGCCAGGCCGAGCCUCCGAAACACCUACACACCGAUAAUAAUGAGGAGAAGGUCGAUCGAUACCGAGUGUUUUUGCAUAUGAAGGACAGCCGGUGCGUGGGACUAUGUCUGACGGAGCGUAUCUGGGAAGCGCGCCCGGUGGUUCAGGGCGAAAGCAAUGGCCAUGCGAACGGCUCGUCCGUGUCUGUCAAGGAUGAGGUGCACCCAGCGAUUGUUGGGGUUUCACGAAUUUGGACAUCGGGCGCGUCGCGAAGGAAGGGUAUUGCCUUGGAUCUCUUGGAUUGCGUGGUCAGCAAUUUCAUCUACGGCAUGGAGAUCCCCAAAGAUAAGAUCGCGUUCAGCCAGCCCACAGAGAGUGGGAAGAAGCUGGCUCACAAAUUCUUCGAGGAAGAUGCGACGUGGCAUGUGUAUAAUGAGCGGUGA